ACGAGGAGGCGCGUCUUCCGUCUGUUGUGGUUGUUUCUGCUAUUCUAGCUUCCUCUGCUACUUAAAAACAGUCAUUUCGAAGUUUCAAGAACAAAUCCAACCCGCUGUUUCACAGGAAUGUUUAUUUCCGAUACACACUACAGUCGUUGAUGGGUUAACACGCAUUUAGAAAGUAAAAACUUUUGUUGUUGUAGAAGCCGCCAUGUUCCACAACAGCUCACAAAGAAAAUACUGGAUUUUUAAAAGUGAGGAUGAAGUGGAGCAGAUGAGGUAUAAGGCCAAUGAAAAGUUUCGUAAGAAGAGCGUGGAGAGUGGAAAGCCAGGUGUGAGCGAGUCCGCCUUCCUGAAGCGCCAUGAGGAGCUGGUUCUGUUUCGACACUACGAGAGGAGGCUGCUGGACCUCUGCAACGCGUUUAAACCUGCAAUGCCCAAGUCUGUCGUGGGAACAGCCCUCAUGUUCUUCAGAAGAUUUUACCUGACCAACUCUGUUAUGGAGUAUCACCCCAGGAUUAUCAUGCUGACAUGCGCCUACCUCUCCUGUAAAGUGGACGAGUUUAACGUGUCCAGCACCCAGUUUGUUGGCAACCUUGUGCAGGAGACGCCAGCGGGACAAGAGAGAGUCCUGGAGCAGAUAUUAGAGUACGAGCUGCUGCUAAUCCAACAGCUCAAUUUUCACCUGGUGAUCCACAACCCGUACAGACCUAUGGAGGGUCUGCUCAUCGAUCUCAAGACCCGGUAUCCCACCCUGGAGAACCCAGAGUCACUGAGGAAGAGUGCUGAUGACUUUCUGAACCAGGCAGCGAUGACAGACGCAGGACUGCUGUUUUCCCCGUCCCAGAUCGCUCUGACUGCUAUUCUGAACAGCGCCUCCAGAGCUGGUCUCAACAUGGAGAGCUACUUGACUGAAUGCGUUGGACUGAAAGGGGACAAAGAGACUCUUUCAAACAUGUAUGACAUAAUGCGACGAAUGAAAACCAUCCUUAAGAAGUAUGAACUUCCCAAAUCGGAGGAGGUGAACAUUUACAAACAGAAGUUGGAGAGGAUUCAUGCUGAAUUUGCCAGUUCAAGCAAUAAACGAAAGAGAGGAUAUGAAGAAGAUGGCCAUGUUUCCAAAGAAGCCCGUUUGAAUGAAGAGGAAUGGACUGAUGAAGACCUCCUAUGAGCUUCAUGUGACUGUCUCCAACUAUUAAGAUUAAGAGGUUUUAAUAAAUACUUGAAAAUGUAUAUAAAAUCCAAAUUUGAUUUUUUUUUUCUGCAAAUAAAGCUAUUUUUCUACAUAUUUCUGUAAAACAUAAUCCUUAAAAGUGCCAUGUGAUGUUUGCAUCCAUUUCUCCACCUUUGUCAGGGGACAAUAAAUGACUCCAUAAUCUACUUUACAAAAACAGUUUAAUAAGUGCAUGCAUGUCUGAUACAGUCUGUACUAUUUCCAAAAUAAAAAUAAUUACUG